CAUGUGUGAAGCGGAGCACGCGCUUUCGUCGCCAUAGCGACUGUUUGUUGUGGUCUACAGCAGAAGAUGAGACUCAAGCGGUUUCUUCUCAGAUAUUAUCCACCCGGUAUAAUCCUGGAAUAUGAGCGAGGAGGCUAUUUGAGGACCAAAUCCAUCGAUCUUCUGGAUUUGACACCUGAGACAAAUACAGAUGAGCUAGUGUCAGAAAUCAGACAAUCAGAGCCUCUGAUUACAGAGUCCCGGGCCGAACAGGUCAAAGAGUUGGUUCUCCGACUCCAACAAAAACAGGGUCAGCAGGAUCACCACAGGUUCUGUUUCUGCAAGGAGCUGAAGGCACACAUACUGCCUCUGACCAAUAUUGCCUUUAAUAAGUCUGGAUCAAGGUUCAUAACUGGAAGUUAUGACAGAACAUGUAGAGUUUGGGACACCGCCUCUGGCACAGAGCUGCACACACUUGAGGGUCACAGAAACGUUGUAUAUGCAAUCGCAUUCAACAAUCCCUACGGAGACAAGAUUGCCACAGGCUCUUUCGAUAAGACCUGCAAACUGUGGUGUGCGGAGACAGGCAAAUGUUUUCAUACAUUUUGUGGACACAGGGCUGAAAUAGUGUGUCUGGCGUUCAACCCUCAGAGUACACUGGUGGCCACAGGCAGCAUGGAUGCCACCGCGAAGCUGUGGGAUGUGGAAAGUGGGAAGGAGGUGGCCACACUGACAGGCCACACCGUAGAGGUCCUCUCUUUGUGCUUUAACACCGUUGGCAAUCAUCUUGUUACUGGCUCCUUUGAUUACACAGUUGCUAUAUGGGAUGUUGCUUCCAAAAGACGGGUUCACACUUUGAUAGGUCACUUGGGAGAAAUAAGUAAUGUUCAGUUUAACUGGGAUUGUUCUCUCAUAGCCUCUGGUUCCACUGACAAAACCUGUAAGCUGUGGGAUGCGGUCAGUGGGAAAUGUGUGGCCACCCUAGUCGGACAUAGAGAGGAGGUGUUGGAUGUGUGUUUUGAUUUAAGCGGUCAGCUUAUUGCUACAGCUUCUGCUGAUGGUACAGCAAAAAUAUUCAAUGCAGCUACACAUCAGUGUCUGGUGACACUGAAGGGCCACGACAAGGAAAUCUCCAAGAUUUGUUUCAGCCCCCAGGGCAGCAGGGUCCUGACAGCCAGCUCAGACAAGACAGCCCGUCUGUGGGAUGUUCAGUCCGGAGCCUGCCUUCAAAUCCUGGAGGGCCACACAGACGAGAUCUUCUCCUGUGCCUUCAACUAUGAGGGGGACACCAUCAUUACAGGCAGCAAGGAUAACACAUGUCGGAUCUGGUACUGACCCUUCCCACAAAAUGGACAUAAAACUGUCAAAUUGUUCCUAGUACUUUUCCAAGAACAUGAAUGCAUGUUUACAUGUACUAGAACUUAAACUUCUAACGAUACCUAAACUAAUUUUCAAAAACGGUAACAGCAUCACAAAAGGUGCUAUGCAAUCAUAUUAGUGAUUUCUGUGACAUCAGUAACGUUUGUGAUAAUUAAGCAUUUAAAAGAUGUCAAUGUCUUACCACUUCAAGUUCAUAACAAGCAUAGACCCCAGAUAAUUAGUGGUUAACCAAGCUACCGGAAAA